AUGACUUCGGCACAUCACAGCCAACUGUUAUCCGUGCUAUCACCCAGACCCUCAAUUGAGGCUCUUGCACAACGAGACAAUUUCCGGAGGUUCAUCAAUUUCCCCCUCACCCAGCAGAAACUUCAGCGGAAACAAGAACAAUUCAUGCAAGUUGCAGGGUUUCCCGGUGUCGUUGGUGUAGUCGAUGGCACUCGUAUAAAAAUGAUAGCCCCAAGGGAACACGAAGCUGAAUAUGUAAAUUGGAAACGGUUUCAUAGCAUUAAUGUACAAUUUGUGUUUGAUGCAACAUACAGAAUACUUAAUAUUGUUACAAAGUGGCCUGGCUCUGUCAAUGAUGCUAGAGUCUUCAAUGAGUCUGGACUGAAGCAACUCUUCGAAAGAGGUAUCGUGCCACCCGGUUGCCACUUGUUGGGUGACAGUGCCUACGCCAUGAAGCGCUGGCUCCUGACACCAUACUUGCGCCCCCAGCCUGGUCCACAGCAAUGA